AUGACUAGCGAUAAUGAUAGUUGUGCAAAUGUUAUUCAAAACUUUCAAAAUUGUAGAGAAUCAGAUGUUAAAGGUUAUAAUGAUUGUCCAACCUUUUUGCUUGAUUUAAAUAACACACGUAGCAAGAAAGGUAGCUAUGUGAAAAGAAAACAGAAAUCAUCUUUAGUUUCAGCUAGAAUCUUACAUGAUGUAAAGGAUACUUUUCGUUCAGCUAAAAUUGUGGAUGUAGUACCACCUCCUUCAUCAGCAAAGAAUAGAUUUCCUCUCAUUGAUGCUGACAAUAAGCGUACUGAGCUUACUGAUAAAAGUCCAGUGACUGAAUCCGCUGGUAAAGUGUAUGUGGACGAAAACAAUAGCAUUGACCCCAUUGAAAAAAAUAACAUCAAGUUACUCACUGACUUGGAAUUAAUUGGUAAGCUAAAUGAAAUGGUUGCAUCUCCAUCCGGUCUACCUUUGCAGGAGUUUAAAUUUUAUAGUAGCAAAUUACUACGUUUUCAAAAAGAUAUUGUACAGAAUCAAAGCGCUAGGCCGGUCUUAUGCUAUAUUUUGGAACAACAAAGCAUCAUUGAUUCAAAACAAUUGACUAAGCUUUUAAAUAAAUGGGUUAUGUCAGAUUCAAGUAUCAGCUCCUGGUUCCCGGCAUUUAGAAAAAUUAUAGAAAAUAUUCAGUAA